GCACGGCCGGUUAUAUCUAGGGUUUUUGUUCGCAAACCCCAAUCCGGUCCACCCAGCCGCCGCCGCCGCCGGGCGCGGGUGCCGAAGGGAUGGCGAACCGCACGGACCCCCUCGCGAAGAGCAUCCACGGGACGAACCCGCAGAACCUGGUGGAGAAGAUUGUGCGCUCCAAGAUCUACCAGAGCACCUACUGGAAGGAGCAGUGCUUCGGCCUCACCGCCGAGACGCUGGUCGACAAGGCCAUGGAGCUCGACCACACCGGCGGAACCUACGGCGGCAACCGCAAGCCCACCCCGUUCCUCUGCCUCGCGCUCAAGAUGCUGCAGAUCCAGCCCGACAAAGACAUCGUCGUCGAGUUCAUCAAGAACGAGGACUAUAAGUAUGUUCGCGUUCUUGGGGCCUUCUACCUGCGCCUCACCGGCACCGUCGCCGAUGUCUACCAGUAUCUGGAGCCGCUUUACAAUGACUACCGCAAGAUCAGGCACAAGCUUAGCGAUGGACAGUUCACACUUACCCAUGUUGAUGAGUUCAUCGAUGAGUUGCUGACCAAGGACUACUCCUGUGAUACAGCCCUGCCCCGCAUCCAGAAAAGAUGGGUUCUUGAAGCGUCUGGAACUCUAGAACCAAGAAGAAGUGCACUUGAGGAUGAUUUUGAGGAAGAAGAGGAAGACAAGGAGGAAGAACAACCUAUGGAAAUUGACGAGCCUAACGGCUGUGAAAAGGAUAAUCAUCGUGGAAGGAGCCCUGCAAGGGAACGGGAUAGGGACCGGGACAGGAAACAUGAAAGGCACCACAGGGACCGAGACUAUGAUAGAGAUCGGGGUUAUGAUAGGGACUAUGGGAGAGGACGGGAAAGAGACCGAGAUAGAGAUCGUGAAAGGGACAGAAACAGGGAUAGGGAUCGUGAUCGUCACCGCCUGCGAGAUGAUGAUUACAGCCGAGACAGGGACCGAGACCGUGAGAGGGAUGGUAGGGAAAGGGAACGCCGAGACAGAGACCGUGGCAGGCAUAGGAGCCGCUCAAGGAGCAGGGAUCGACGAGACAGAGACCGUGAAGAUGGAGAGUACCGCAGGAGGCGUGGUCGUGGUAGUGUGAGUCCUCGAGGGCGUGGUGAGGAUGGCAUCACAAGAGAGGAACCAAAGAGGAAGAAGGAAAAGAAAGAGAAGAAGGGUGAAGGGAAUGCUCCGGAUCCGAAUGAUCCUGAGAUCAUAGAAAUGAACAAGCUCCGGGCCUCUCUAGGGUUGAAACCACUGAAGUAGAUUUCUUGCUGUAGUGUAUUUUUGAAGCUUGUUAGCUCAGGUAGUUUGAACCGGAAAUGUUGACCUGGAUAUGCAUCCAACAUUUUUUGCUGGCUUUCCCACCUUCAUGUAAUUACCUUGUAUUAUUACGUUGAUGUAAUGAUGUCAUCUGAUUGGUUAGUUGUCCA